ACUUAUUGACUCUUUGGAACUAUUUUGAUGAUGCAGAUGGAUAUAUAAAUAAUCCGGUCUUCCCUUUCCGCUUUCUCUUUCCCUGCUUGCCGCCAUUUUGGGUGGUUGUGAAGCACGAGACAACCUGAGCUGGCAGGAUGCGUGGUUUACCCCCCUGUAGUAAGACCUACGCUACCCCCCGACGUCCUUUUGAGAAGGAGCGUCUGGACCAAGAGUUGAAGCUGAUUGGUGAAUAUGGGCUUCGGAACAAACGUGAGGUCUGGCGUGUGAAGCUGACCUUAGCCAAGAUCCGUAAGGCUGCUCGUGAGCUGCUGACCCUGGAGGAGAAGGACCCCAGACGUCUGUUUGAGGGUAAUGCCCUGCUGCGUCGUCUGGUGCGUAUUGGUGUGCUGGAUGAGGGGAAGAUGAAGCUUGAUUACGUGCUGGGUCUGCGUGUGGAGGACUUCCUGGAGCGCCGUCUGCAGACUCAGGUGUUCAAGCUGGGCCUGGCCAAGAGUAUCCACCACGCCCGCGUGCUCAUCCGCCAGAGGCACAUCAGGGUGCGUAAGCAGUUGGUGAACAUCCCGUCCUACGUGGUGCGUGUGGACUCUCAGAAGCACAUCGACUUCAGCCUGCAGUCUCCGUUCGGCGGUGGCCGUCCCGGACGCGUCAAGAGGAAGAACAUGCGUAAGGGCACCGGCGGCGGUGGCGGCAUGGACGACGAGGAAGACGAGGACUAACUCUGACGUCUGACUGCCCCUCCUGUAGGGCUCGUACUGAAGACAUGCCCAGAAUAAAUACAUCUGAAAUGUA